CUCACUACGGACAAGACAUAAUAGCAGUAGCGAUGCGCCGUUCUUGCAAAAUGGCCAGCUCAACUGUUAUCCGAAUUCCAACAUGCGUUUCGGUACUGGUCUCGCUGCCCUUGGGCUGUCCAUCGUCGCAGUGAACGCAUCACCGAUUGUUGGCAAUGUUCUAUUUCCACCCACAAGGCCAAGGACAACAGUCUCACAAUCUCUAUAUGACACCCUCAUCUUCUACGGCCGCUACGCUUCGACAUACACAACAGCACCAUGCAAGAAUCCACCCGAGGGAACAGUCGUCCAAGGCUUCGCCAACGCAGACCCAACGACCGAAAUGACUCUCUUCCGCGAUGAUGCCAGAAAGCAACUCAUCAUGGCUUUUCCCGGCACUGCAUCUCUCCAAGAUUUCGUCACCGACCUCUCGGCACAACAAGUCCCAGCCACAAUCGCAGGAGUCAAUUGUCCCGAGUGUAAAGUCCACCAAGGAGUUUUGAAAUCCUGGAAUGCUAUUCAACCUGAAGCUCAAAGAGUCUUGGACGAAGCUCUCACUGCGUAUCCUAACUAUGAACUUUUCCUCGUGGGUCAUUCUCUCGGCGGAGCUUUGACAAAAUUCGCGUAUGCGAGCUUGAAGAGUCAGGGAUACGAUAUCUCUGCUGCGUAUUCGUACGGAGAAUUCAGAACAGGAAACCAGGCUUGGGCGGAUUAUGUUGACGGACUUUCCGGGAAUACUGACGACAAUCAAGGACCAUAUUAUCGUGUGACGCACGCUGAUGAUGGCGUGCCGCAAGUUCUCGGUCCUCUGCAAGGCUACAGGCACUCAAGGAGUGAGUAUUGGUUCCAGAAGGGAGCUGAUGGUCCUGCGACGACUUUCCGAUGCUACGGACAGGAGCCGAGCGAUUGCAACAACUCGCAACUUGGAAUCGGAGUUGCUGGUAUCAACGCUGCUCAUAUCUUCUACCCUGGUAUCAAUGUUGUAGGCUGUGGCCUCUAA